CGUGCCCGGGGCCUGCCCGCCCUCCCGCGGCCUAGGCUCGCUGCCGGGCGGGAGGACGAGUCGGGGGGUCGCCCGGCUCCUGGGCGCGAGGCCUCGGCAGCUUUGUUGGGAGCGGUCUCUCCCUCUGGGUGACGGCCUCGGGAGCAGUGCUGCUCAGACUCCCGAGGGUGGGCUGUGAGCGGCGGCACGGCUGGGCGAGUGGGUAAAGGCACGGCUGUAGGCUGUGCGCUGCCUCGUCUGUGUCUGCUGGGCAGGGCGGCAUCCGACACACAAAGGUAGCGGGGAUGGCUGCGGGAGUAACGUCGGGAUUAGUGGAGAGUUAGCAUCGGCAAGGAUGAAAUAAAAGCACCAACGCUUUUUUUUUUUUUUUUUUUUUUAAACUCCCCGUGGAGUCCGUCUGAUGUGCUAAGACCUUCCUCAAUUUAACUUUUUUAACUGAAAAAACUUUGAAGUGAGGUGAUGACCGCCGGGUCUUACUUUGGCAUAUGGAAGAAGCCAUCCACUCAAGAGUCAAACCAGUUCAGCUGAAAGGGGAGCAUCACUCCAAUAUCUUCUGCCUAGCUUUCAACAGUGGCAAUACAAAAGUGUUCUCUGGAGGCAAUGAUGAGCAAGUUAUACUCCAUGAUGUUGAAAGCACCGAGACCUUGGAUGUGUUUGCCCAUGAAGAUGCGGUGUACGGCCUUUCAGUGAGCCCAGUUAAUGAUAACAUCUUUGCCAGUUCAUCAGAUGAUGGCCGUGUUCUUAUCUGGGAUAUCCGAGAGUCUUCUCAUGGAGAGCCCUUCUGCUUGGCACACUACCCAUCAGCCUUUCACAGCGUGAUGUUUAAUCCAGUAGAACCCAGAUUACUGGCUACUGCCAACUCUAAGGAAGGUGUGGGUCUCUGGGAUAUUCGUAGGCCUCAGAGUUCAUUGCUGCGCUAUGGUGGAAACCUCUCUCUUCAGAGUGCCAUGAGUGUCCGGUUCAACAGCAAUGGAACUCAACUGCUGGCACUGCGCCGGCGCCUGCCCCCUGUCCUCUAUGACAUCCACUGCCGACUGCCUGUCUUCCAGUUUGAUAACCAGGGGUACUUUAACUCAUGUACCAUGAAGAGCUGCUGCUUUGCAGGUGAUCGUGAUCAGUACAUUCUUUCGGGUUCUGAUGACUUCAAUUUGUACAUGUGGAGGAUUCCUCCGGAUCCAGAAGCAGGUGGCAUUGGCAGGGUUGUCAAUGGUGCCUUUAUGGUAUUGAAAGGUCAUCGGUCAAUUGUAAACCAAGUCCGGUUUAAUCCUCACACUUACAUGAUCUGUUCUUCUGGUGUUGAAAAGAUUAUAAAGAUCUGGAGUCCGUAUAAACAGCCUGACUGCACAGGGGAUCUAGAUGGUAGAAUUGAGGAUGAUUCGCGUUGCCUCUACACUCACGAAGAGUACAUCAGUCUUGUGUUGAACAGCGGUAGUGGUUUGUCACAUGAUUAUGCCAACCAGUCAGUGCAGGAGGACCCACGGAUGAUGGCCUUUUUUGACUCCUUGGUACGCCGAGAGAUUGAGGGCUGGAGUUCUGACUCUGACAGCGACCUCAGUGAGAGCACCAUCCUGCAGCUCCACGCGGGAGUAAGUGAACGCUCCGCUUACAGCGAGUCAGAGUCCUCCGCCUCUUUGCACCACUCCCCACCACACGUGGCUGAAGAGUCUGCUGAAACUGCCUACAACUUAAGGGCCUUAAGAUCAGCUGAGUCCCCCUCGGGCAGAGAAGACAUGGCUUCCCGUCAGCAGAGGCUCUCAGCACUGAGAAAGUAUCAGGAUAAGCGUCUGCUGGCCCUCUCCAAUGAGUCUGACUCUGAUGACAAUACCCAUGAGGCAGAAUUGGACACGGACCUUUUCCCACGGCCACGAUCCCCAAGUCCUGAGGAGAACGAGUCUAGCAGUUCCAGCAGCAGCAGCAGUACAGAAGAUGAAGAGGAACUGAAUGAACGACGUACAUCCAUGAGGCAACGCAAUGCGCUGAGGCGCCGACAGAAGGUGCAAAAGGAAGAAAGGACUUGUACUAACACAGAGAAUGUGACCCCCUACAUAGGUGAGGAUAUAUAUGAUUACCCCCAGAUCAAAGUAGAUGAUCUUUCUUCUUCUCCAGCUUCUUCACCAGAAAGGAAUUUAGCCAACAAAGAAGUUCUGAAAGAAAGGACCUCUCCUUGUUCAGACAAUGAAUCAGUGGAGAGAAAGAUUUAUAAAGCCUACAAAUGGCUGCAUUAUUCUUACAUAUCAUAUUCAGCUAAUAAAGAUGGUGAAUCCUCCAGAGGAGAUGUGGUGAAUGAUGAAGGGAAACCAGGAACUAGUGGAAGGCACAAUACAGCACACUCGCUAAAUAAGGAAGAUGCCAGGAACUUGAGUUCAGCAGUUCCUCAAGGUUCCCCAGUUCUUUCUACUGAAAACCACAACAAAGAAACUUUAAAAGAAUGCGGUUUGGUGGAAAAUUCUAGUAAUGGUCAAACUCAUGAAUGUGACAAUCAGCGGUGGAUGGAGGGUCAAGAAAAUGCAUCUGAAGACACUACCAGUGGAGGUACGGAGCGUUCUUUUGAGACUAAAAAGCUCAAUGGAAAAGCUAACUGCAAAGGGCUAAAUAGUUGUACUGAAGAAGCUUGCAUUCAGACUGCAGGACUUGUGGAACAGAAAAAUAGUCAGAACUGUCAACCAGCAUCAAGCCAUCACUCACUGGUCCCUCCGUUCUCUGCUGUUGCCAUCUGCAGCUUGUCAGGUCACUGCUCCAGAAACCAGACUGAUGACAGUGAGGAAAGGAGCCUCGACGCUUCCUGUGUUAACCACAAUAACGGCCACUUGCAUCUUCGCCCUUCAUGCUUCAGCAAUGGACAGAGUUUUGGAGAACAGGAGGCUGUGAUUCAAGGACUACAGGUGCACUCAAAUACUGAUAAUGGCAACCUUGAGCAGAUGGUUGUGACCUUGCACAAAGACUGCUGCCUGUCUGAAAUGGACUCCAACAGCUACAAUGUGAGCACAAGAGAGGAUACUGCUGACUUGCAUCCUGCAGGCAGUGAGAGCGCUCAGUCUCGUGGAGGACUGAAAAGACACAGAACGGAGCUGGAAGAUGCAGAUUCAGAGAAAUCAUCCUUAGAAAAGAAGUUAAAAACAUGAUAAAUGCAAAUGUCUGUCGUAGUGUGCACUCUCUCUCAAAAAAAAAAAAAAAAGAAAAAGGAAAGUAUUAAAGGCACAUAGAGCUUGGAUCUGAAACAUUGCGUUUGAUUCUCCAUUCCAUUCUUCAGUGGGUCUGUUUUAGAUUGCCAAUGGUUCAUGCUGUAUAAAAAUCCAACUUACUCCUUAAUGAGACUGAGUCUAGUGUACCCAUACAAGGUUCUGUUUAAAGUAAAUCCUUAUUAAGACGGUUGACUGAA